AUGCGCGCGUUGAACCAAGUGGUCCACGUUCAGCAUCGGCCGGCGGCUAUCACACCUGUCAUCGUGGUAAACCUCAUCUGUGUCGUGACACAUCUCCUACAGAGCAGGUCGGGGAUCAAGCGACUCCAUGGAGGCAUUAUCGUGGACUUCGUCGGUGAAGUCCCAAGAUCGCGGACAUCUGUGCUGAUAUUGGACUUGAUACUCUUUUCUCUGCAAUUGGUUAUGCUCGUGGCCGGGCAUGAGAGACAAAUUGCUUCUGGAGAUGCUGUCGCACGGGAAGAGUCAGAGCCGCAGGACCUGGAGUCCGAAGAAGCCGGGCAGUUGAGGUCACGUGCUCAUGCUCAAGUGGAAGAGUCAGAGGACAGGAUCGAGCUGCAAAGCCUCUUGCCCGAUGGGAGGGGGGAAGACGGUCCAGCCCACCAGAAACAACCAGAAUCGACACAAGAUGACGACGAUGUAAUAUUACUGGAUUUGAAGAAGGGCAUCAAGGCGCUACUCAGAAGACCAAUUCCUGUGGCUUCGCCUACUGCCCUUGAAAAUGCUCAAGCUCGUGCAAGCGUCGCCGCAUUCUUGAGACUCGCUGCUGCGAGGGCAAGGGCGGGUUGA